AUGGAUGGUGUCAGCUGUACAGAAAUCCCUAAUGCUAAUGUGAUGGAUGCUUCUCUCUGUGUGCAGGUCACUUCUCAAGAAUCUGGAACCAAACCACUGACCUUCACAUUCGUACCAUCCAUUGGACGACUUCCAACUCAUUUUGAGGUUGUGGAUGUCUCUAAGUUUCUUGUGACAAUUCCAGAGGCACCAAAGGAUCUGAGCAACCAAGAAAUUAUAAAUAAGUCUAACACAGUCUCUGAUGAGCUGGUCUUAAAGAGCAGGGCCAGACAGGACUGUGUGUCUGCCAUCCAUAAAGACAACACUCCAGCGGCUUUCCAGUCCCCAGGGCGUAACUCAAGCAGAGGAGAAAUGCAGGAGAAUGACCUUUUUAAGGCUGAGUUUAUCCUGAUUACAGACUCCGGUGAUGAAGAUGAAGUAGCCACUGCCUCAAACAAUGUCCAUCAGCCGUCCAAUGGCUAUGGGCCCAUCAGCGCUCAGCUGCUGCCUACCUCCCACAUUUCCCCUGGCACCAGGGUGGGGAAACCUGCUGGGGAUGGGCAUGUUCCAGGUGCUGCACUUGCCCACGGCACUGCUGAUCUGCAAAAACAUCAGCAGUACAAGAUCAAGACAAGCUACAAGGCAUUUGCAGCAGUUCCUACAAACACAUUACUUAUGGAACAGAAGGCAUUAGAAGAGCCAGCCGAGACUGCUAGUGUGACUGAAGGCACUGCUUUGGACACCCAUUCAGAGAUGUGCUCCCCUGCCCAGCUCAGACAACAAACAGAAGAGCUGUGUGCUGUCAUUGACCAAGUCUUGCAGGAUCCAUUGACUAUGCGCCGAUGCGAAUCUUCUCCAAGUUUCCUGCAGAUGAGUAUGGAGUCGGAUGGUGGCAAGGUGUCAACAACACUGCAGAGAGCCGCUGGACGUGAAACAAGAUAUGCCAACCUUUACAAAUCGGCACCUGUGGUAACAGAGAGCCAGCUGACGAAACCUGGUGUCAUUCGUCCCGUGCUGGUGAAAGGAAAGAGUGCACAGCAAAAGGAGGAGCCCUAUCAACCCAAUCCUUUUAAAAAGUACCUUGAAGAAAUCAGUGAUCAAGAUACUGAGCAGGUGAUCAACAGUGAAUAUUUGACUUCAGACACUACAGUUGGCAUUUCUGACUGGCGUUCGAAGAGUGGGAGAUGUUCCCACCAAUAUGAUGCUAAAAUCAGAGCUUCGUCCCCUCUGCAUCCUCUGUCUGUGUCCCUCACUGACCGUCUAUACUCUGGACCUUUCAGUCAUUUGUCUUCCAAAGCGUGUGAUGUUCAUGAGAAUCCUUAUAGCCCUUACAGUCGCAACUCUUUGUACAAUAAG